GCAUGCAGCUGCUGUCGAAUGCCUCCGGCACCCUCGGCGGCGAGGAGUGGAAGGCGAUGUUCAGGGUGGCGCUGGACCGGGUCGCGACGGACCCCCCAGCUGGUAUUAUUCCUUACCAGCUGGUUCUCACCGCCAAGCAGGACAACUUGUCCAUGAUGCCAGCGGAUGUUCAGCGUAAUGUGGCGGCAACGCUCAAGCUCAGCCCUGGAGUUCGGAUUCGCUGGCUUGGCGACGCUGCAUGCCGCGAGUUUAUCCAGAGCAACUUCGAUGAGGAGCUGCUGGCCAUCUUCGACUCCGAGGCGCGGGGCAGCUUCAGAGGGGACAUCUGCAGGACCAGCGUGCUUGCUCGGGAGGGGGGCUUCUAUCUUGACUUGGACGUGGAGUUGGCCGUGCCGCUCGAGAUGCUCGCUGCUGAUGGUGCCACUUACGUCUCG